CCCAGAGGUGCCCCAGGGAACAUCCCCGCACUGCGGGCUGUCCACUGGAGCUCCCGGCGCUCCCCGGAGGUGCCUCACCCCCGAGGGGGCGGCCGCUACUGCCAGGCGGGAGCUCGCCGUGGGAGAGAAGCGUUCCCAGAAUACUAUGGAUAAGAACUUGCAAGAAGAGUUUACGCAGAUUAUUAAAUUUCAACCUCCUUUGUACAAACAACGCCAUCAGUUCGUUAAAGAUUUAGUGGAGAAAUAUAAACCUAAGAAGGUGGCAGAUUUAGGAUGUGCUGAUUGCAGCCUUCUCUGGAUGCUGAAAUUCUGCAGUUGCAUUGAAGUAUUAGCUGGGCUAGAUAUCUGUGCAAAUGUAAUGAAAGAGAAAAUGCAUAUGUUGUCUCCUCUUCCUGUUGAUUAUUUGCAACCAUCUGAAAGAUCCCUGACUGUUACCUUGUAUCAUGGUUCAGUUGCCCACAAAGAUCCUUGCAUGCUUGGUUUUGACUUGGUAACGUGUAUUGAACUAAUAGAGCACCUGGAAGAAUCAGAGCUGAAGAAGUUUCCUGAAGUGGUGUUUGGUUUCAUGGCUCCAAGCAUAGUUGUGAUCAGCACUCCAAAUUCUGAAUUUAACCCUCUGCUUUCAAGAGUGAUGGCAUACAGGCAUCCAGACCACAAAUUCGAGUGGAGCCAAGCACAGUUUCAAAGCUGGGCUCUAGAGACUGCCAGAUGCUAUAAUUACUCAGUGGAAUUUACUGGUGUUGGGCACCCACCAACAGGAAUGGAGAAGGUUGGGUUUUGUACCCAAAUAGGUGUGUUUGUGAGAAAAUAUCCUCAAACUGGUGAAUCUGUUCAAUCUGAGAAACCCGCUGAAGCAGUUUACAAGACAGUCUUCAAAGCAGUGUACCCAAGUCUUAAGGAGGAGAAGUACUUGCAGAAUGCAGUGAUCAGUGAAGUUAUUUUCACAGCCCAAAUCAUUAAGCACCGUUUAAUGUCAAAACGUAAGGAGUAUGAUGAUGAUCCUGAGAGAAAAUCCAAAUUCCAAUCAUCAAUGGACUGUUUUUCAAAUUACCUUGAGAAACUGGUUCUUGAGAAAAACAUGGAAUCAUUUGUCAGUGGAAAUGAGGUUUACAUACCUCUCACAACAAUCUUUUCUUUUCCCAAAGUGAAUCGACUUUGUGGUACCUUUGAGAAGUUAUGCAAGCUUAUUGCUGGCAAGGUCCCACUGAGCAGUGAUGGUUCUGCUGUGAUGUUCAAUAUUGAACAUGAAAAUGAAGAGAAUUAGAUCAGAUUUCUCACACAAAGUUCAGUUGAAGUAAUGAAAGUGGGUUUUUUAGGAGCUGUCAGAUGGUAUGUUCUGUAUGCUAACUAGACCACAAAAUCCUUUCUAACCUUCCAUCAGUGGUAUUUAUCUGGCAGCACCUCAUUGAGUGAAGGUGAGUGAUAAUAAUUAGUUCCCAAGAAGGAAAUUAAGUGUUUCUGUUUGCUUUCUAUUGUUUUAUUGUAUUUCUGAUAGUCUCUUCUUAGUUUCAAGGACAGUUUGUUUUACCAUCUACUGUAUUGUGCUGAAUAAUGUGAGUCAGACAUAAGUUUGGGGCAAGUUUUUUCUUAGUUUCUAUAAAAUUUAUAGAUGCCUUUUUCAAGAUGAAUACAUACUCAGCCUUGAUGAAAACCAGUUGUUGUUUCUGCUGAAUUUAAAUAUGAAACUGACAUCUUUGUUCUGUUUUUGAAAAAAAAUUAAAAAAUAUAAAGAACUUCAGUAAUUGUGAAUGCUAACCUGGGUCUGGUUUACCUGAAAAAUGUUCUGUGUUGCCAUGUGCAGCUAUUGUUCAAAAUUGUAAGGAAAAAAUGUAACAAGAACAAAACUCCACAACACAAUCCAAAAAACCCCUCCAACACCAUCAUCAAGAAAAGAGUGCAGUAUCCUGAAUAUAAGGGAAAUAAUGGGGAUAUCUAUUGUUUGGUUAUGGUCUGACUAGGUGAACACACUGAUCAGUAUUCUGAAUUUAAAAAUUUCCUUCUAGAUUAGAAAAAGAAUGGGAUCUAAAUGAUACAUUUUCCUGAUAAUAUAGAUGUCACUUUGUGAUAACACAGAAGCAGAAAAAAGUAAAAUACUUAAAGAAGUCCUUAACAGGAAGAGAAACUGAAAUGGACUCAAACUUCCAGUUAAAUUUGAAAUUUUUGCAUUUAAAAAAAGAGAGGCAAUUUUUAGGAACAGAUUCCAAGCUGAAGACAUGAGUUUAUUGAAUGUCUGAGAGAUUUGUAUUUAAAUAUAGUUAAAAAACUACAUAAUCCACCAGUACAUCCCAAACAGUUUACAACAUGGAAGUCUCCAGUAUUCAUGUAACAUAGUUUACAAAAACAAAAAUACAGCACCUCAAUGUGAAGGUUAUGUUCCACUUACAUGAAGCACAAUUAGAUUAUCACUUCAUGAAGAGCUGUAAGUCAAGUCAGAAGAAUAAAUUACUAAGAUACAGUUUUAUGGAAAGCUGGAUUUCUAUGUCAACUUCCCUAUUACUGAAAAGAUCUGCUCAGGCAAGAAAAGACUGUUUCUAGUAAAUAAAUUAUCUAAUCUAUGACCAUUAGCUGUGUUGUUUAACAUAAAAUGCAACGGGCUAUUGAAAUUCCCUUGAGAAUUACAUAAGUAGCUGUACAACAUUUUUUAAAGUCUGUUUUCCUCAAACUACAUGUAGUUUUCCUAGUGAAUGUAAGUAAACUACCAUUUAACUAUUACUAGUUUUAAUGGAUUUGUCAACAAGUAUAGAUAGCAGUGUCAAAGAGUACUGACAGCAAAGAAUGCAUUCAAAUUUCUGACAUCUUUUGCUUGCAGUGGGAUUUUUUGGUAUGAAUUCGUUCUCUAACAGGAAAGGAGACUAUAAUGUUCUGUGAGAGAGUUGUAUACCAGCAGUUGAGUAGUUUCUGUUUAAAAUUCCUAUGGAGAACAGAAACUGAUAAUACCACACUUCUAUUAAGAGCAGCUAAAAUAGAAUCUUUGUAUUAAUUUUUUUACCUAAUUAGACACUUUAAAGAGAUUAUAAUUAACAGUAGAAAUAAAAGUACGCAAGUACCAAAACUGAGAAAUAGCUCAUAUUCAUCACAUUCAAUAACAGCAUUCUAACUUUCAAAGGUGAAAUUCCCUUAAAAAUACAAAUAACAAUUUAAUAAUUCGACUAUGGAUUUCUGGAAAACAAAGUCUGCUUUUCCUGACUUAACCUAUUAAAUAUAGCCUAGUUUUACAUCAAUAAAAAGGUGUCAGACAUCAGUCUAAGAAAAAUUUAAAGCAUUUUGAGCUUUCAAAAGUGGCUACACUAUUUUUACUUGUUCCAGGCCUUAACAGAUAAACAGUACCACUAAAUGCAAAAAAAAAAUUAGCUAAGUUGCAGUUUACAAUAAUUACACCUACUUGUUACCCAGCACAUCCCUUUAAAAAUGGAUUCUUUCAUAUUCUCAGUGAAAAUUUAAAGAGCUCUUUCUUGCCUUGUCAGGCAAAUCACUACUUGUGCAAAUUUAAAUACAGUACAUUGACCUAAUGUAACAGUGGACAGAUAGCAAAAAAAGAGUUUUGCUGUUGCACACCAAGACUUUUUCAGUGUGCAGAGUAUGUCAAAAUAAAGUGCUUCUCUUAACAAGUUACAUUAAUAAUAGUAUAGAUGUUUACCUAGUUUUAAAGCUUAAAUUCUUUAGUAAAUGGUUUAAUCUCCCUGUACACCCCCAAUCCCGCAAGGCACAUUAAAAACACAAGCAAAGCACUGACUGUGAAGUAUUAAACUGCAAUUAAAAAAAAAAA